AUGCGUGGCACGUGGGUUCCGGAGGACGGCCGCCUGGGAGCCAGGCGCUUCACGCCUCUGGGCUGGGGCCGCGUGGCCACCCCGGACCUCUCGGGGAGCAGGAGCCACAACCACACCCACCCCCUUGUUGGGGGGUGGUGGUGGUGGGAGCUGCCCCCGCUGCUGACGCCCUCUGCCGAAGCCCAGAUGCUGCAGAAGCUGAAGGAGGACGAGGAGGCAGAGGAGCGGCCAGCGGCGGAGCUGGGCAGUCUGCGCAACACCGACUGGGCCCGGCUGUGGGUGCAGCUGAUGCGGGAGCUGCGGCAUGGCGUGAAGCUGAAGAAGGUGCAGGAGAAGCAGUUCAACCCCCUGCCCACCGAGUACCAGCUCACCCCCUUCGAGAUGCUCAUGCAGGACAUCCGCGCCCGCAACUACAAACUCCGCAAGGUCAUGGUGGACGGAGACAUCCCCCCCCGGGUGAAGAAGGACGCCCACGAGCUCAUCCUCGACUUCAUCCGCUCCCGGCCCCCGCUGAAGCAGGUGAGUGAAAAACGGCUGCGGCCCCUGCCCCAGAAGCAGAGGACGCUCCACGAGAAGAUCCUGGAGGAGAUCAGGCAGGAGAGGAAGCUUCGGCCCGUGGAAACGCCGUACUGUGGCCAGAAAGGCUACAGCUCCCUGCCCUGCAUCCCCCACGCCUGCUCGGGCCGCCUGGCCUCCAGCUCCUGCCUCGAGCUCUCCCGGUCCCCAGCGAGCACCGCGCCGGCGCGCCCACGGCCCCGCGUCCUGCUCAAGGCGCCCACCCUGGCCGAGAUGGAGGAGAUGAACAUCUCCGAGGAGGAGGACUCUCCGGGCGCGUGGGGGCCGCGAAAGGGGGGCCGCUCCUUCUCUGAGCAGGACCUGGCGCAGCUGCAGAGCCAGCUGGGGGGCGGCCAGGCUGCGCCCCAGGAGCCGGAGGCGCUCCAGCCUGAGGCUGGGCCCCGCUCGGGCUCCGUCCCCGCCAGCUGCCACCCGCUGCCGGACGGCUCAGCACCCUCCCGGCCUGCCCUCGGCGCCGUGGAGGAGAGGCCAGAGGACGGAUCCGGCGCUGCCCCCGGCACCAGCUCCAAGCACCUGUGGCUGGAGUUCAGCCACCCCGUGGAAAGCCUGGCCCUCACCGUGGAGGAGAUGAUCAACGUGCGCAGGGUGCUGGUCAAGGCCGAGAUGGAGAAGUUCCUGCAGAGCAAGGAGCUGUACAGCAGCCUGCGGAAGGGGAAGGUCUGCUGCUGCUGCAGGGCCAAGUUCCCCCUCUUCUCCUGGCCCGCAGCAUGCCUCUUCUGCAAGCGGUGA